AUGGCUGAUCUUAGACGUAUAGUUAUUAUUCUUAUGGCAGUAGCUUGUGUAAUGAAUGUUAUAGGUGUUAUUCAUUGUCAUGUUAAUUAUCCGUAUCUUACAUCAAUGAAUGCAUAUCGAAUGAGUUAUUCAAUAAUAUUUCCUAUUUUAUUGAGUUUAACUGGUUUUCUUCUCAUUGAACAAUUAUUAAUUACAGACGGAACAGUAGCACCACUUAAUCGACUUCGCAUUAUUUAUGCAUUUGGUGCUGCUAUUGCUCUAAUUAUUUUUGGUAUCAGUGCUGCUAUUGUAGCUAGUCGUUGGUAUAGUACUUAUCCACAUCAUUCUUAUCAUCACUAUGCUGUUAUUGCUGCAGUUAUAGCUUUUAUUGAUGCUCUAGUUUAUAUUGGAGAAGCGAUAAGUCGUAAUCGCAAAAGUCGUAUCAUCUAA